CCUGAGUCGACUUGAGCCCCGUGAAAGCACCAGUCCGUCACCAGGGGUUGUGACCCUAGUGCUGCAGUGAGCCCCCUGCCGCCCCAAUGUUGUGAUGCCGUCUCCGCACUAUUCCGACCCAGAUGGGGGUGACAUUGAUCUAGAUGCUCCAGGCGCCACUCUGGCAGCUACAAGCCCUCAGAAGAAGAGAAAGGGGGCCAAGGCAUCAGCUACAGAAGAGGGCACCAUUGAAGCACAGCUUGGCUGCGGUUCUGUCUGCUUUGAGCAGAUUGAUGAAAUCGACACCGGGGACUUCAAAUAUGUGGGACCUGGACAUGGCACCUAUGAGCAGGUCACCUUUAUCCCUGAGGUCAACCUGAAGCCCAACCAUGCUGGGAUGCCAGCGGUGGAAGAGGUGGACGAGAAACCCGGCUGCUCCAAGUUGGGGUUGCUGGUCUACUGCGUCCUCUGUUGGAUCCUGGUGGGCUUAGCUCUACUGCUGACUUGGCUCAUCCUCCACCGGCCUGCGACUUCCGUAGGAAGUGCGCCGGCCUUUGGACAUGCGCCGGCCUUUGGACAUGCACCGGCGCUGGCUCACCCUCCAGGCCCAAGCUACGAUUGCGAGGCUGGAUAUUGGAACUGGGAGAAGGGUUGGAGCGAUGCAAAGAAAGGCUACUGCUGCGCGAUGGCGGGCAAAGGCUGUUCUCUGCAUACCACCGAAGAGCCCUUUGACUGCGCCGAAGCGCUGCAGAAUUGGCACGUGGCGUGGUCUCUGAAGAAAAAGCGCUGGUGCUGCGACCAUCACCAGAAAGGCUGUGCUGCUCACAGCCACAUCACCAUUUCAAGGGCCUUCGAUUGUCAGAGUGGGGCCACUAUCACCUGGACAAAAACCAAGCAGGCUUUCUGCUGUUCUCGCUUUCGCCUGGGUUGCGGCAAGAUGUUGACGCCAGUGCCGUACGACUGCACCGCAGGUGUCAAGCGAUGGAAGACCGGUUGGUCUGACUCCAAGAAAGAGUGGUGCUGCGAGGAGUUCAAGGUCGGCUGUCCGCACGAAAGUUCCGACUUUGACUGCCAAGCGGGCUACGACAAUUGGAAGGUGGGCUGGUCCAUGGACAAGAUGCGGUACUGCUGCGAUACCCAACAGCGUGGUUGCAUGGCUACGACCACCACUCCGAUGUUCGACUGCCAUGCCGGGCUGAAAGAUUGGGAGGCCGGAUGGUCCCAUCCCAAGAAGCUCUGGUGCUGCCAGCGCGAGCAGCGUGGAUGUCCACUGACCACCACCGAGCAAUAUGACUGCUCGGAGGGAGUCAGUGAGUGGAAGGAAGCUUGGUCGGUCUUGAAGCAGCAGUGGUGCUGUGAGCGCCACAGCGUUGGCUGCGUCCACACAACGGUACUACCCUUCGAUUGCUUCGCUGGCUUCAGUGAGUUGCACUUGGCGUGGACCAGCAUGAAGAAGACCUGGUGUUGUCACCACUUCCAACGGGGCUGCGUCUCCACCACGAUGGUCACAUCUUUGCCGUAUGACUGCUAUGCGGGCUACGAGCGGUGGAGAACAGGUUGGUCAGAUGCCAAAAAGCACUGGUGCUGCGAUCGUUUUGGCAAAGGCUGCCCACACAAGGAGGCCACUGUGCUCUUUGACUGCGAAGCAGGCCUUCCUCGUUGGGAAACGGGUUGGACCACUGCCAAGAAGCGUUGGUGUUGUGUUCACCGGAAGCGUGGCUGCGAUCCUUACGAUUGCGACUUUGAAUACGAGACCUGGAGAGAGACAUGGUCCUUGUCCAAACAGGCUUGGUGUUGUGACUCGACGAAGCGCGGCUGUCCUCCGCCAACCACCACAGCUCCCUUCGACUGCAGCGCUGGGUACUCCAACUGGGACAUUGAUUGGUCUGCAGCGCGAAAGUCAUGGUGUUGUCGGAACCACCAGCGUGGCUGUAACCGUUUCGACUGCCAUUUGCACUUCAGUGAAUGGGAAGUAAAGUGGCCGCGGGAGAAGAAGGACUAUUGUUGCAAACGCAUUGGUAUGGGAUGUCCAAAGAAGGCAACGCCAGUGCCCUUCCAGUGCCUGACCCACUUUGAACACUGGGAGAAAUGGUCACCUCCCAAGCGACACUACUGCUGCGCUCACUAUGGGCGAGCCUGCGAUCCCUUCGAUUGCAAUGAGGACUUUGAAGGAUGGAAGACCAAGUGGAGUUUUGCCAAGAAGGCCUGGUGCUGCGAGAAGACCAAACGUGCCUGUGAACCUCAUCACCAGCACCACGAUGUUGUGAAGGUGACAAGACACACGGAGUACUCGCACGGUCAUCCAAUUCCUCACGAUUUGGUCACCGUGACAAAGCACACGGAGUACUCCUACGGCCAUCCGCCACCACACGUGGUGAAAGUGACAAGACCCAAGUUGUAUUCACAUAACCAUCCUCCCCCUCCGCAUGACGUGGUGAGGGCGACAAGGCACACGGAGUACUCCUAUGGGCAUCCACAUCCGCCCGAUGUGGUCAGGGUGUCGCACGUGGAGUAUCCGCAUCAUGCAAUCGAGACUGGAGAGCGCACAGAGCUUUCGGGUUUCAACUGUCAUGAUGAAGGCGGCACCAGACAUUGGCAAAGCAGCUGGAGCAGCGCUCAAUCCUUGUAUUGUUGCAAACACUUCGGCCUAGCUUGCCCCUUCAACUGCUACAAAGGCCAUCCCGACUCCUGGUCCGACAGACACAGAAGUUGGUGCUGUGAGAGCAGCCACAUCGGCUGUGGCCUGAGGGGGCGGAGAUCGGCACCAGAGGUCUCCUAUGACAAUAGCUACAAUUGUGAUGCGGGGUUCCAGAAUUGGCAAGUUGGCUGGUCAGCGGCAAAGAAAGAAUGGUGUUGUCGUGCUCGACUACGUGGCUGCGAGCAGAAGCGUUUGCUGACGUGAUUCACUGGCAAAGCUCCAGUUGUGGCUCUGGCCGGCUGCGGCCCCAAGCUAGACCAAGUUGAUCUAAGAUAUCUAAAUGGUGGGAUGGGG